AUGAAAAUUGCUACUCUCAAAAGAGAUAACGAUUCAUGGUGUUCGGAACCAAAAGAAUUAGAGGCGUUGAUAACUCAGUUCUAUUUGAAGCUUUAUACUGAUGAUGGUAGGCAAAACCCAUUGCCAGCAAAAUUGGAUUGGAAUUUGAAUGAUGAGCAGUGUGAGAUCGUCGAUGCCCGUAACCAACGCCUUAAGCGUGCCAUGGACCUCUCUUUGAAGCACGUGUAUCUCCCUAAAGAUCUUCAGGCUAUGCAGACACCAUUUCGGAGCUAUCUUCAAGAUAUGCUUGCUCUUGUGAAGAAGGAGAGAGCAGAGCGGGAAGCUUUAGGAGCUUUGCCCCUGUAUCAGCGAACCAUUCCUUGAGGUUUUUAGAGUCUCCUGUAGCUAUUAACGUUGGAGUUUGUCUUCAGAACAGUGAUUUGUAUGUCGUAUCAUGCUUUGCUAGCAGACGUGGACAUGAAUUUUGCCUGUCCUAUUGGUUGGUUACACAGUGAUCUUUGUCAGUUUUGAAUGGAAUCACUAAUUGGGUUUAAUCUGUUUGCAAUUCCCUAAUAAUAUGUAAAACUGCGAACUGCAUUUUAUGCUUGAAUGCAAAUCUACAAUAAACCCUUAUUUACAUGGAGGGUUUUCUUGUUUGUGGUUAGGUUCA